CACUAGCUGAUUAUCAUCGAUUAGCGCGCGCCUACGUUACUAAGCGCUCAGAAAUUUUUAUCGACUUUCCAGCCCUGGCACAAAAAAUCGAACGAUACUUCCACGUGUACUUAAAGGAUUUGGAGCGCAAGUUGCAACACAGUGACACGAGUUCACACGUCCUUUUUUCUUCCUUGUUUGAGCCCGAACCCUCUUGUUUGCUGCACAAGAAUGCCUAUUCAUGCUGCGAAACAUCAAGUUGGCUCUCGUAAAGGACUCGACGACAAAAUAAAUAAAUCCGAUCACCAGGUAUCUCUCAGACAUUGCCUGGUAGCGUUGGGCACUAUCUUGCUCGCCACACUUGGCUUUCUCCUUCGGAAGCGUUUCUUCUUGGAACCGGCCGACUCGUAUGUACUGUGCUCGACAAACGGAAAACAAAUUCAUCUGGUUGAUGAGCAAAAUUCCCUAGUGGAGUGCUUGGUGGUCCAUGGUUCGUAUAUACAGGACGUUGGAGACUUAGCGGACAUCCAACAGCGUUGGACUUACAGCCAGGAGAAAGCGUUGCCGAUCUACUAUACGCAGCCUGGGUCCAUCAUUGUGCCGGGAAUGUCGGACUCUCAUGCACACAUUCUUGAGUACGGCGCUAGCAGAAUUAUCCCUCUCAACCAAGGCAAAACAAUCAAGGAGGUCGUCAUGUCUGUCAGAGAUUAUAUAGUUUCAGAUCCCGACAUUAACAACAACAAGUCGAAACUAGUGCAAGGCUGGGGAUGGGACCAUACUGUGUGGUCCGAAGGCCGCUGGCCGACUGCCGAUGACUUGGAUGCGGAUCCUGACAUCCACGGACGGCCUAUAAUUCUGCAAAGCAAGGACGGUCACGCAAUCUGGGUCUCUCGCGCCACUUUGGAUGAUAAUGGUCCUUAUCCUGAGCACGUUGACGGCGGUGUGAUUCAGACGGAUUCAGAUGGAAAUCCCAGUGGACUGUUCCUUGACAAUGCCCAAGAUCUCAUUCAUAAACCUGAAGCCACCGACGCUGACCUUCACUCCCUUUUUUCUAUUACCGUUCGAGAUGCCCUCGCUUAUGGUUUAACUUCAAUUCACGACGCGGCACUUGCGCCAGAGUCUUUAGCUUUCUUCAAAAGGCAAGCUCUACUGCAAGCAGAAGAGGGAACGCUUCCGAUUCGAAUCUAUGGAAUGACUUAUUUCAAUGAAAGCGGCGAGUAUUGGGGAGAUCGUGUCGUCCCUCUUAUUAACGCGGGAAAUGGACGACUUCACUGCAGAAGUGUGAAGAUGUUUGCUGAUGGUGCUCUCAGAACUGGAGGUGCCGCACUUUAUGAACCGUAUACUGACAAUCCUAGUACGAAUGGUUUUAUGCGAACACCGCCUGAAAUCAUCAACAAGGUCAUUCCCCGUUUUCUCGGAGACGGAUGGCAAGUCAACAUCCACGCCAUAGGUGAUCGUGCCAAUGGCAUUGUUUUGGACGCUUUUGAAGAAGCAUUAUCUGACGUCGACGUCACUACUCUCCGACCACGGUUGGAACAUGCCCAGCUACUGACUGAAGCUGAUAUGAAGCGAAUAGGAAAACUUGGAGUUAUUGCCAGUGUGCAGCCGACACAUGUUAUUGACGAUAUGUGGUAUGCUGAGCAGCGCCUGGGAUCGGAACGAGUCAAAGGAUUGUAUGCUUUUCGCAGCAUUCUCAAUAACAAGGCGAGAAUUACUCUGGGAUCAGACGCCCCAGUAGAAGGUAUAAACCCUUUGGCAGGGUUCUAUGCCGCUAUCACGCGUUUCUCAGAAGAUGGAACGUCACCUCACGGACCUGAUGGCUGGUUCCCAGAACAGCGCUUAACUAGACAAGAAGCGCUCAGAGGCAUGACUAUUGAUCCAGCAUACGCCUCCUUUACGGAGUUGACUUUGGGAUCACUGCUGCCCGGGAAAAGAGCCGACUUUGUAAUUCUUUCCCAAGACAUCAUGUCUGUCGCGGUGGAUAAAAUUUUGGAGAGCAGAGUAAUAGCGACAGUGUUAGAUGGAAGGCCUGUUUAUGGUUCUUUUCUGUAGCUCGGAUUUAAUUAUGGAUACCCGAACCAAUGUUUCCGCCUGGGUUCCGUUUGCUGGGGCCCUCGGGGAGGCAUCGGAUUCUCGGUAUUCAAAGAAAGGGCAAAAAAUACCUUUGACGAAACAUCCAGUAUUGAUACUUCAGCCUUCACCCAAGCAGAACCAUAGAGUGCAUCGACUGUCAUCGAACCUCGUUAACCACAGUUCGCAACACUU